UUUCAAAGUCCACGUAAUAACAAAAGCGCGACCAUUUCACGAGUGCCCGUUCCCCGAGUAUGAGCUUUUUCUCGAGGCCCGAGCCCGGGCUAUUAGCGGGCCAUACCGCCACACAGGGUGUGAGCAAAAUAAGGCUCAUGUCUUGUGGUGAUACUGCCGCGGAGAUAGCAAAGAAAGAUGGCCAAGAUAAGCAAGAACAGCCAAAAUCAGAAAGAAUACCUUCACACAGAAAACGCAAACAAAGAGUUCUGUUUAGCAAGGUUCAGAGGAAACAACUGGAGAAAAAAUUUCUCGAGAAACCAUAUUUGUCCUACACUGAACGCGAUCAACUGGCUCGAGCUGUUAACCUGACAGCGAAACAAGUCAAGGUCUGGUUCCAGAACAAACGAUACAAAACAAAAGAAAGAGAAAUAACAAGUAACCAAUCAGUGCCGCCACGUCCCCCAUGGAUGCCUUACAGCGCAUGCCUGUGUUACAACUGCCGAGCACGGACUGGGCCGAGUCUGUCAGAUUAUCAUGGAUACCCGCCCUUGAAUGCCCCAUUCAUUGUCUUUGGCUUGUGAUAUGAAUGUUGUCACGCAUAUCCAAUCAUUGUUAUGCGUAGAGCUCUCCUACGCGGUCACCCUUUGUAUUGUAGGAUAGUCCAAGCUAUCUGUAAUAUCUGUAUUUAAAAAUGUGUUUAAUCAAAAUCGCUAUUGCCGUGCA